CGUAGAAGCUUUGCUAUAAUUGUUGAGGUUGCAUUUUUCUGGAUACGAUCCUGAAUAAGUAGUCCAGGGACCGCAAAAAGCGUCCCACAUCUCGAGACCGGGAUCAGUUUCAGGCCGAACGUCGUCGCAGCGCCAUCUGCUAUUCAAUAAAACUCUGUCCUCUGUUUACCUCAGGCUCCACUUCUGGUUUUUACUGGCAGAAGGCAAGUCACCACAGCACAUUAAACACAAUGGCAGACCUUAGCGCUAGAGAUGUUGAAAGGGCCAACUUUGUAUUCUCCAUCUACGAUUUCGAUGGAAGCGGUACCGUCGACGCUGUCAACUUAGGCGACAUGCUCCGCGCCCUAAACUUGAACCCCACCUUGGCAACCAUCGAGAAACUUGGUGGUACCAAAAAGAAGAAUGAAAAGAAAAUGAAAGUAGACGAAUUCCUUCCAAUUUUCAGUCAAGUUAAGAAAGACAAAGAACAAGGUAACUUCGACGACUUCCUCGAGUGUCUGAAACUCUACGACAAAGAAGAAAACGGUACAAUGAUGGCUGCUGAACUUUCACACACUCUUCUUUCUCUUGGCGAAAGGUUAUCAGACAUUGAAACUGAUACAGUUAUAGCUGACUGCAUGGACAAAGAGGAUGAUGAAGGAUUCAUCCCUUACGAACCAUUCCUUAAAAAGAUGAUGGCGUAAGAAGCUAUAUUUUUAGUUAUUUUUGUAUUUUAAUUACCUGAACUUGUGCUGCAUAUUGGCCAAUUGACAGUUUAAAAAUGGUAAUUACCUACCAGAAGACCAACAUCAUAUAGAGCUGAGGGACAAAACCAGGCCGAAAAAAUCAAACAUCUUGGCACCUUCUCCAUCAAAUUAAUAAUCUUAUUUUUUUUUUCUUCGUUAAAAAUUAUUGUCAUAAUAAUAUAAGUAAGUUGAAAAUACCAA